ACCCAUUGGGUGGAGGGUGCAGUGAGAUGAGAUCGCGCCACUGUACUCCAGCCUGGGCAAAAGAGCAAAGCUCCUUCUCAAAAAAAAAAAAAAAAAAAAAAAGAAUGUGUGUGCAUGUCUCUCGUGGGCACGGGUCCGGGUCUGUGUCUGUAGAGGGCCCUUUCUGGGGGAACAGCUGUACAUGCGCCUGUCUUUAUGCAGGUGUCUAUGUGCAUGUGCGGCCAUAUCUAUGCCUAUGUGGAUCCGCGUGUGCACGUGUGUCUGUGUGUUCCAUCGCUGCAGUUCGGUGUGGCCCUACCUCAGGGCGUGUGCAUGUGUGUCUCUUGCGUCUUCCACUGUGUCCCUGAGUGCGUUCAAGGGCCAGUGUAUGCAUGUGUGCAUGAGUGCCUGGCACCCCACCUUGAGCUCAGCCAUCCUGGGGUGGCACCCUACCCAUACCUGGCCAAGUGUUUGGGGAGAAAAGGGCUGUUGGUUCCAGGAUGUGCCAAGCAUUUGUGCAGGGCUUGACCUGACCCUUGGUCUGCCCCCAGGAAGCUACGUGUGCCCAGCUGGGGCACAGCCCCAGCUGAUGCCCCAGAGGGGCCACCCAUCUCAAGAGGGGCUUUGGGGUCUGCCCUCCCUCCCCAUGGCGCAUGGGCCAAAGCCUGAGACUGAAGGACUAUUGGACCUCAGCUUCCUGACAGAGGAGGAGCAGGAGGCCAUUGCUGGUGUCCUCCAACGAGAUGCCCGCCUGCGCCAGCUGGAGGAAGGGCGGGUCAGCAAGCUCCGGGCCUCACUGGCAGACCCUGGGCAGCUGAAGAUCCUGACAGGGGACUGGUUCCAGGAAGCACGCUCCCAGCGGCACCACAAUGCCCACUUCGGCUCUGACCUUGUCCGAGCCUCUAUGCGCAGGAAGAAGAGCGCCAGGGGAGACCAGGCUCCAGGCAGCGACGGGGAGGCUGAGGCUGCUGUGAAAGAGAAGGAAGAGGGGCCAGAACCCAGGCUCACCAUUGAUGAGGCCCCUCAGGAGAGGCUCAGGGAGACUGAGGCCGCCGCUCAGACCCGUGAGUGCCCGGUCGGCCAAGCGGGGCGCGGCUGUCACAGCCCAGCCCACCAUGCAGAGGGUGUCGGCCGGCCUCCUCGUUCUCAUGUUCAAAAUGGGAACAACAGCGUUAUUGGGAGGCGUGGGAUUGAGACAAUCCCUGUAAAGCGCUUAGCACGAGGCCUGGCAUGUGUUCAGGGUGGUGGCUGGGGGAGCCCACAGGCAGGGGAGAAGACUCUGGGAGGGCCCCUCCUCACCUCGGGUUCUCACCUUCCCAGCUACGUCAAAAGCUACCUCCUCCCGGAUAAGCAGAGCAAGCGCAAGACGGCAGUGAAGAAACGGAAUCUGAAUCCGGUUUUCAACGAGACUCUCCGGUACUCCGUCCCGCAGGCCGAGCUGCAGGGCCGCGUGCUGAGCCUGUCCGUGUGGCACCGCGAAAGCCUGGGUCGCAACAUCUUUCUGGGUGAAGCUGAAGUGCCCUUGGACACGUGGGACUGGGGCUCUGAGCCCACCUGGCUCCCCCUGCAGCCCCGGGUCCCACUCUCUCCCGACGACCUUCCGAGCCGCGGGCUACUCGCCCUGUCCCUCAAGUACGUCCCCGCCGGCUCCGAGGGCGCUGGACUGCCCCCGAGCGGGGAGCUGCACUUCUGGGUGAAGGAGGCUCGGGACCUCCUGCCACUGCGGGCAGGAUCCCUGGACACUUACGUACAAUGCUUCGUACUGCCUGAUGACAGCCGGGCCAGCCGCCAGCGUACAAGGGUUGUGCGACGCAGCCUCAGACCUGUGUUCAACCACACCAUGGUGUACGAUGGCUUUGGGCCUGCCGACCUGCGCCAGGCUUGUGCCGAGCUCUCCCUCUGGGACCAUGGGGCCCUGGCCAGCCGCCAGCUGGGGGGCACACGCCUCAGCCUGGGCACUGGCAGCAGCUAUGGGCUGCAGGUGCCCUGGAUGGAUUCCACACCAGAGGAGAAGCGGCUGUGGCAGGCCCUCCUGGAGCAGCCGUGCGAGUGGGUGGAUGGCCUCCUACCCCUCAGAACCAACCUGGCCCCCAGGACGUAGUCCGACCAAGCCUCUCUCUCUGGACCCCCAUCUCAGGGCCUGCCCUUGGCUAAAGUCAAUAAAGUCUGCUCUAGGGGCAA